UAAUGUGCAGCAAGGGUGAUUUAGGUUAGAUAUUAGGAAGAUAAUUGUGACUACAAGGAUAAUUAAGUUCUGGAGUCAGAUUCCAGAGGAAGUUGUGAAAUCCCCAUCUUGGAAGCUUUUAAGAACAGCUUAGACAAAUACCUCUCAGGGGUGGUCUAGGUUUCUUUGUUCCUGCCUCAGUGCAUGGGCUGGAUUAAAUGACCUCUUGGAAUCCCUUUUAGCCCCACAUUUCUAUGAUUCUAUCAUUCUAUAACCUUGCCUAUACAUUAUGAGAUUUUCAUGUUCCUUUCUAUUUCACCUGACUCGCUAUAUUCCCUAAGUUCUCAAAAUGUGCUUUCCUGAUCCCUAACACUCCUGACAUGCUGCAUUCAGUGAUCUUCUCAUUCUUUCCCAUUCCUUACUGUGCUGAGACCCACAAGCCCAUGCUCCCCAGUCCCAGUUCCCCUAUGACUUUCUCAUUCCCUUGGGGUCUCUCUUUAAGUAAGAAGCAGUUCCAAGGUGACUUCUUCCCCUUGGCUUUCUAUAAGUUGGAGUUACUUUCUCUAGGUUUCAGGAGCCCCUUUGAUGAGGAGUGUCUGGCUGUGUGUGCACCAGCAGAGCAGGGUUUCCCAUCUCCAAACCUGAGGUGAUGUCUCAGCUGGAACCAGGGAAAGAGCUCUGGGUCUCAGAUCUCCAGGGCUCGGAGGAAAAAGAGAUCCUGACAGAAACCUGCACAAAUGAUGGAAUGGUCAGUGAGAACAAGGAGCAGAAUACACAGCAGGAAGAUGAUGAGCAUGUGGAACUGCGUGGGGGAUUAUCACAAGGAAUUAAACAAAACGUGUCCCCACCAGGGGAGAAAGUGAGUAAAUCCAUCAGUUGUGAGGAAAAUCACAAGGACCUCAAGGAAACCACAGCCCAGCAGAGAAUCCUUAUGGAAGAGAGAAAAAGCAUAUGCCCUGAGUGUGGUAAAACCUUCCCUCGAUGCUCACACCUUAUUUUACACCAGAAAAUCCACACAAGACAGACAGCCUAUGAAUGCUAGGUUUCAGAGUAGCAG